GGGCGUCGGAUGAGGCGCGUGUGAGCCACACCGCCAGGCUGCGCCUCCCCUCCGCCGCACAACCUCACCGGCCACCACCUCCUCUUAAGCCGCGAACGGGCUCGCUCGCGUCCGCGUCCCGCCGGCCAACCACCACCUCGCUCUUUGCCACUGCCCAUGGUAGCGGCGGCCUCGCCGGCGGCGUGCGCGAGGGCGUCGGCGUCGGGCCCCCGCGCCGCCCGCCUCGCCGCCCUCCCGGGUGACGGCGCCGCCGUCUACAAGGAGCUCGGUUUUUAUUCCUUGAAAAAGAGGAUUGAAGAUGCAGUUGUCCGGGUUGAAAUGACUGCCUCCAGUGCACUGGAGUUUGAAGAAGCAAGGAGAAUUAAACAAGAAGAGGUAUUGCGGAAGCGUAAUUUGUGGGACAAUCCAGCUAAGUCGUACGAGUCGCUUUCUGCUCUAGCCGAUGCCAUCAGGGUGGUCGACCAUCUCAAAGACCUUCGCUUUAAGGCUGAAGAGGCGAAGUUGAUUAGUCAACUAGCAGAGAUGGAUGCCAUAAAUGGUGAGCUAUUUAAGCAAGCAUACAAAUCCUCUAUAGAUGCUAGCGAGUAUCUAGAUCGUUACCAGAUGUACAAGCUUCUUAGGGGUCCGUAUGAUAAGGAGGGAGCUUGUAUUAUUGUCACUGCAGUAUCAGAGGGCGUUGCAUCUGAGCUAUGGGCAGAGAAGCUCUUUGGCAUGUAUACAAGUUGGGCACGGAAGCAGGGCAGCAAGGUUGGAUUGAUUGAGAAGAUUGCAUUAACAAGUGAUCAUGUCUGGUCUGCAGCAAUGGAGAUUGAAUCAGAGUACAUGUUUGGCACCAUUUCUGGAGAAAAAGGAAUGCAUCGGAUGAUCUACCCCUCCCUUGAAAAUUCUGGCACUUAUCAGGCCUUGUCAGCUAGAGUCGACAUAAUUCCCCUCUUCUUGGAUAGACCAGUUAACCUUCACUUGGAUGAAGAUGAUAUGGAGAUCUCUCCCUCAACAUCUGAAUAUAAAAAGCGAGAUAGCAGAAAUGGUGCUGCUGUUAGGAUCCAACACAUACCAAGUGGAGUCACUGCAGAAAGUUCAGGUGAGAGAAGCUACUUUGCAAACAAGUUAAAAGCCACGAGUAGAUUGAAAGCAAAGCUCCUUUUAAUAGCUAGAGAAUUGAGAGUAUCGGACACGAAGAUGAUCAGCAAACAGGCUAUAGAGGAUAGGUGCAACCACGAAACACGAAGAUACACAUUCGGGCCUCAGAAAUUGGUCCUUGAUCUCAACACAGGCGCCCAAUUAUCAGACUUGAACUCGGUCCUGGAAGGCGAUAUCGAACCGUUCAUCCGAGGCCGUAUUAUUUCCAGACAAUGAUGGUACACCAAGAUCUCAACAACUGUUUGAUAUGUUGUCUCACUGCGAUUCUGUACAUUUAUUUCUUUUCUCUUACAGACCACACCACAUUAAUUUAGAUAACCUCUGUAAAAUGCAUCACAUUUCAAGCCAAAAGGCAUGACACCAGGUAUACAAAACAUCAACUUCUUAGCA